GAACUUUCGGCACGUGGCGGAAUGUGGGCUGUCGAAAUUGAUUUGGUUGCUGAUAUGGGAAAGUGGUGAGAUAACAACCUCGAGGCUUUGGAUUUGGUAGUAGAUAAUAUCACGUUGUUUGAUUUGAGUACUCCUAUAUAGAAGGAGGAAAAACAAGGAACCAAAAAAAAAAAAAAAAACAAGAAAAGAAAGAAGGACUUAGUCCACCUUAUUAUACAGAUCAAACGCAUUGUUGUCUCCAAGAAUUGCUGAGAUUGUUGGUUGUCUUGAGGCCCACCAGGAUUUGAGGGUAAAGGGUUGUUGUUGUUGAUAAGACACAGAAAAAUCCCUAUUUCACGACUCGCAGUUUAGCACUGUUUCUGAAUUCAACAAAAGGCAAGAGGAACAAGAGAACCUAGUAUCGGCAAACUGAAACAAAAACAAGAAUGUCUGAGCCACAGUGUGAAUUUUGUGGGGUUGCUAGAGCAGUUGUGUAUUGCAAACCUGACGAGGCCCGUCUGUGCCUGCAAUGCGACGGCUGCGUUCACUCUGCCAAUGCCUUAUCGCGCAGGCAUCUUCGUUCCCUUAUCUGUGACAAGUGCGUCUCACAGGCCGCUACGGUACGUUGCCUGGACGAGAAGCUGUCACUAUGCGAGGCCUGCGACAGCUGCUGCUUUGGGCUGGAGCACCGCCGUCUCAAGUUGAGCUUCUACAGUGGAUGCCCUACCCCGGCCGAGUUCUCCAAAAUCUGGGCUUCAGUUGUUGAUUCCACCACUCCGCAGGAGGUGGGAAUGGGUGACGCAAGGGGGUCAUCACCGGGGGUUAUGGUGGCGAAUAGGCUUAAUGAGAUGGCAUCGGGUAUGAAAUUCGGGCCGUGGGUGGGCGUUCCGUCUCUACCACCUCCUCAGCUUACGUCUAACUGUAUGACGUCUUCGUUUAAUAGGGAUCACUUGCCUUUCUUGCCGCAAGGAUCCACCAUCCCAAAGGCUUGUGCUGAUACCGUGAAGGAUCUUGGAAUACAAGAAAGUGUUGAUCUUUGUGACAAUGUUGACAUUGAUGGCAUAGCCCUCAGCUUUGAGAGUGAUUACGAAAUGCUUGGGAAUCUGCAAAAUCAGCCAAGAUUUCACUGCGACGAUGGAGGAAUGAGUGGACUACUAAUGGAGAAAAACUUAUCAGUAACUGAAUCUAGCAGCACACACAUUGAGAGUACCUUGGAGGCAUCCUCAUCGGUACAACAGGACUGCAUAGGUUUCCAACCUGCCCAGGUGGCCGGAUCGACCAACUUGAUGCAGGCGACCAUGAAUGCUGGUGGUGCUAACUGUAUGCUCAUGAACCCGAAUAUCGGGCUUGGAUUUGCAAGCGGACAAGUCCCUUCAAGCAUAUCGUUGACGCUGUCUAACAUCACUCGAGAGAGUAGUGCAGCUGAAUAUCAAGACUGCGGAUUGUCACCUUUGUUUUUCACAGGUGACUCACCAUGGGACUCAAAUUUCGAGCCCAGUUGCCCACAGGCAAGGGAUAAAGCCAAGAUGAGAUACAACGAGAAGAAGAAGACGAGAACGUUCGGAAAGCAAAUACGAUAUGCUUCACGUAAGGCCAGGGCCGAUACCAGAAAGCGUGUUAAGGGUAGAUUUGUGAAGGCUGGUGAAGCUUAUGACUAUGACCCUGGCGGAGAAAGGCAUUUAUGAGCAAGUUACUGCAUCUUCCCUUUUCUGAGGAAAAAAAAUACAGUUUCCUUGGCAUAAAGUGGCCUUUUUGCUGGAUAAAAUCAAGUCUUCAGCAGUAUGAGACAAGUACAUAUUCUUCGUAUAUAGUUUCAAUUACUAUAAGUUUCUGGCAUACGUUCAUCUGUCAAAAGACAGAUCCAAAUGAGGUAUGACUUGGCAGUCGGCCGCUGGACCUUUGUGAGGAGCCUGUCUAAUUUGAGGGCUGGAGUCGGGAGAUAAGAGUUCGGAAGGCCAUGUGCCGAGAGAUCUUCUGCUCACGUUUCGUGUGAUUUUUAUUCCCAAGGGACAUGUCAUCAACCUCAUAAUUCUCAAAUUAAGCUGUUGCUUUGA